CUAGGCUACAACCACUUUUGUUGGAAACAUUAGUGAUUUUUUGAUACAUUUUAAAACAGAAUUCUCUUAUGAUUCAUAUCUACAAAGAGCACAUGCUAAAAAUCUACAGGGUCCAAUGAAAGACCCAUAUAAACAUCUGAAGCCUUUCUACAAGUUACUGUAUAAAACGCUGAGCAGUCUGCAGGAAGUGCAAGGCUGCAAACUGAUCUGAAGAGCUGAUCAGGAAAACAUCUCAACCCAACAAUACACGUACAUGUUUUUUCAAGUCAUGUGUAUUCGGGUGGAGAUCCCAUUAAACUCACACACGAACCUUUUACAGAUGCAAAUGGCCCACGAAUGUCAAAAAUUCACACCUGCGUCCUGCCGCCCCUCAGCUUCACUUUGAUCAGCACUGAGGACGGCUGGCUGACUGGGUAUAUAAUGCCAUUCGAAGGGAAGUCAAAUUAUUGCAACACGAGUAGGACUAGGUCACAAUGGCAGUCGUGCAUGGAAACCUUGGGAAUGGACACUUGAAGCAAUUCCAGCUUUUUCCAACCGCAGAUUUGGAAAGGAGGACUAACAUGCACACAACAGAUUACGCAGCUCAAGACAGGAUGAAGUUCCUCAAUGGCGCCUCCAGGGCGGACAGCGCGAGCUUGUUUACGCACCGCAGAAAACGUACCAACUUCACGCAGCAGCAGAUUGACGUCCUGGAGAAAGUUUACUUGGACACCAAAUACCCUGAUAUUUAUUUAAGAGAGAAACUUGAGGCACUGACCGGUUUGCCAGAGUCGAGAAUUCAGGUGUGGUUCCAGAACCGAAGGGCAAAGUCACGGCGGCAGGUGGGAGUUCCAGUUCCCAACAAGACCAGUGGAAAUAUCCUGACCACCAACAAUCUCCUUAUGAACCAGUUUACGACACAUCAGAACCACACCGGCCUGGAGACACCAAGAACACCAAAGUUUGUCACGAUGGACAACUUCAGUCAACAGAUGAUCAACUCUUCAGAAGAGAAGAUCUGCACCAUGAAAGGUGACAUGUACGACCCGACCACGAUUCCAUGUAUGUUCAGCGGAACCGAGGAGAACCAAAUCAAAACAGAUCACCUGAGCGUUGUGGUGCCACGCAAUUACACACAGCAGUAUCCGAAGGGACAUGGACAGUUCACGGCCGCAAGCCAUGCCAAGUCUACAAUGAAGCAAUUUUUGGUGGAGUACGACAACUUCCCACCGAACAAAACCAUUGGGCCGGAGAUGAAGGUGGUUAUUCCACCUCUCCCAUCACAGAAUAACUUCAUGAUGUCCUCAUCAUCCCCCAAACACAUUGCCUGUUCUGUCCAAAACAUGCCAGUUAAGGUCCAGCCAGGAAGUUUUGGAACCUUUUCUCCUAUCAGAGCAAGCGAAGCUGUCGAGUUCUCAGAUUCCGACUCGGAUUGGGAAAGAGAAGCCAUUUUUAAUGGGUUUAUUUAGCUUUUUAGAUUUUAACACUCGCAGACUUUAUCUGAAGCUUUGAAGAACAUUUAAGUUUUGAAAAUCAGAUAUUUAUUGUAUAUUUCAGAUAUUAUUGUAUAUUAUGUAUGUGAUAAUCACACAAUAUGGGGUAAAAGGGAGACAUUCUACAUUCAGAAUAAAAAUCUCUAUAAAC